CGCGCACACAAACACGGUGCAAUUGCCUGUAAACACGCGGAAGUGAAGCGAGGAGCAGAGUUAUUUAUGAGAGAAAUGCUCGGUGUUUAUUUAUGACUGGUUUAUUUUAAUGAUGGAGUGAAGUUAAGGUGAAUGAGGCCGGGGGGACAGAGCUGUAGGAAGACUCAUGCAAUUCCCUGUUGGAUGUUCUUUUCUGACCACUGGCAACUGACAACUUCCAACAUGUCCUACAGGACUGUCGAGGAAAGCAUUGAGCUGUGGGACAGAGAGGACGGUAGUGAACCUUUACUUCCUCCUUCGGCCACCCGCAGGACAUUUGACUACAUACUGGUGGCCAACAAGGUGGACAAUAACAAAGACCACAGGGCUCAGAGACGGAGAGCCUUCAUCCAGCAGCUGGAAAAGAAAAAUAUCACCAUCACUAGGAUCGUCCAUGAUGACAAAGUGUUUUUUGGCCUCCGUGCUCCGUAUGAGAUGUUUGAAGACUACAAGUACCUGCUCAAGGUCUCUGAUUCCUGCCACUGGUGCGGAGAUGCUGUCACCCAGGCUACCAGGAUCCGAAUCGUCCAUUUCAUCCUUUAUCACACCUACAUCAACACAGGAGAGAACCUGGAGGAACUGUUGAUGAAGGAUGUGUUUGAAACCACGUUCUGCCUGCAUGAGAGAAAGAAGCAGAAACACCUGACGAAGAAAUGGGCUCGAUGGUCGGGUCUGUUUUCAGGCCAACCAGUCAACGACAUCAAGUGUUACUUUGGAGAGAAGAUAGCGCUGUACUACCUGUGGCUGGGCUUGUACACCACGCUGCUGAUUCCAGCUGCUUUUCUGGGUGUUGUAGUGUUCCUUUAUGGACUCGCCUUUUUCAAUACCAACCCUCUCAUUACGGAAGUGUGUCAGUCAUCCAUCAUCAUGUGUCCUCGAUGUGAUAAGAGGUGUAAAGCGUGGCAUCUGUCAGACACCUGCACUUACGCUAAGGUCAGCCAUCUGUUUGACAAUGAGGGCACUGUGGCUUUCGCUAUGUUCAUGGCUGUCUGGGCCACUCUGUUCCUAGAGCUGUGGAAGAGACACAGAGCCAGACAUGUUUCUGAGUGGAAGGUCUAUGACUGGUGUGAGGAGGAGGAGGAGCUGAUUCUGGAAAUAGUCAAUAAUCCACACUGUCACCCGAAACAGUUCCGACACUCCUACCUGCACAGCACUCUCGUCCUUAUUCUGGUAACACUCAUGCUGAUGCUGAUCAUUGGCCUCGCUCAUGCCCUGGUGGUGUUUCGAGUGGUGGCUGCCCCCUUGAUGUCUGAGGGCAGCUGGGAGUUUAUCAAGGACCACGCCAACACUGUGGCAGUGAUGCUGGGAGCUGUGCUGCACUACGUCACCAUUCAGAUCAUGACCCGGGUUAACAGAUGGGUCGCCUUCAAGCUCUGUAAAAUAGAAGAGACAAAUUCAUUUGCUGCGACAGAGAGGAGCUUCACAGUCAAGAUGUUCACCUUCCAGUUCUUCACUCUCUUCUCAUCACUCUUCUAUGUGGCCUUCUUCCUGGGCAGGAUAAACGGCCAUCCAGGAGACUAUGCGCGUAUCGCUGGAUGGAGACUGGAGGAGUGCCAUCCCAGUGGUUGUUUGACAGACCUCUUCAUCCAAAUGGCUAUUAUCAUGCUGCUCAAACAGACUCUCAACAACAUCUUUGAGUUCACUGGGCCCUGGUUCAAGAGCUAUUUGAGCAGAAAAGCUGCCAAGAGGCUAGAGAGGAAGUGUGGUCACUGUUACAGAAAGGCCUGCAGUGAUGAAGACGGAUGCGUUGAACCGUGUGACAUCUGCAAACUUCGAGACUGGCUGCAUAACUACCACCUGACCAACACUGACGCCUUCAGCUUGUUCAAUGAGUUCCUGGAGAUGGUGGUCCAGUUCAGUUUCACCACCAUAUUUGUGGCAGCGUUUCCGCUCGCACCACUGCUGGCUCUCAUGAACAACAUCUUUGAGAUCCGCCUGGACGCCAUCAAGAUGGUGCGCCUUGAACGGCGACUGGUUCCCAAUAAGACCAACGACAUUGGUGUGUGGACGAAGGUGUUGGAGGUCAUCGGUGUGUUGGCAGUAAUUGCUAAUGGUCUGGUCAUCGGAGUCACAUCAGACUUUGUUCCACGCCUCGUCUACCGUUACCGUUACGGCCCCUGUGCUAAUGGAAGCACUCACACACACUGUAUGGAGGGCUACAUUAAUGACACACUGUCCACGGCCUUUAUGGCUCACCAGGCAGUUCGAAACGACUUUCGUCUGGAGCAGAUGAUCACAGACAGCGGCUUCAACACCACACAGUGCAGCUACAGAGACUACAGGAGCGAUGAGGACUACACUCUGACUUCUCAGUUCUGGCUGGUCUUGGCUGUGCGCUUUGCCUUUGUCAUCCUGUUUGAGCAUGUUGUGGUGGUGUGUAAGUUCAUAGUGGCCUGGUUCAUCUCUGACAAUCCCACUGUGGUGAAGAAUGAACGGCUGUACGACAAACUGGCUCGGCUGAAGAAGGAGCUACGUGAAACAAAACGCAGCAGAUCAACAGACGUAUGACGUCCGACAGCUGAUCUCCUUCCACUGACGGUGUCUUGUUUUUAUAAUUUAUAGUUCCUGUUGGAAUGCGAGGCUGGACUUUUGUAGUUUAUGUGUCAGAAUAUUACAUAUAACACCUCAGCUAACAGUCAUGUGAGGUUUUUAUAUUGAAAUGUAUAAGAGAAUAUAUUACUGUCAUUUAAUGUUGUUAAGAAGUUGUCAUUGCAAGAAGCAGGUUCACUGUGUUAUCUUCUUAAAGAAACAGUUCAACACUUUACUGCCCAGCGUUAGAUGAGAGCAUCAUUGAUGCACAUUUUAUAAAACGUCUCUAAAGUCAACAUUGAAAGCGUUCACUCAGACAAAGUGUCUGUUCCAACACCUACAGUCAGGUCCAUAAAUAUUGGGACAUCGACUCAAUUCUAAUCUUUUUGGCUCUAUACACCACCACAAUGGAAUUGAAAUGAAACGAACAAGAUGUGCUUUAACUGCAGACUUUCAGCUUUACAUCCAAAUCAGGUGAACGGUGUAGGAAUUACAACCGUUUGUAUAUGUGCCUACCACUUUUUAAGGGACCAAAAGUAAUGGGACACAUUAACAAUCAUAAAUAAAACUUUCACUUUUUAGUCAUUGGUUGCAAAUUCUUUGCAGUCAAUUACAGCCUGAAGUCUGGAACGCACAGACAUCACCAGACGCUGGCUUUCCUCCCAGGUGAUGCUCUGGUGAUGCUCUGCCAGGCCUCUACUGCAACGGUCUUCAGUUCCUGCUUGUUCUUGGGGCAUUUUCCCUUCAGUUUUGUCUUCAGCAAGUGAAAUGCAUGCUCAAUCGGAUUCAGGUCAGGUGAUUGACUCAGCCAUUGCAUAACAUUCAACUUCUUUCCCUUAAAAAAACUCUUUGGUUGCUUUCGCAGUAUGCUUCGGGUCAUUGUCCAUCUGCACUGUGAAGCGCCGUCCAAUGAGUUCUGAAGCAUUUGGCUCAAUAUGAGCAGAUAAUAUUGCCCGAAACACUUCAGAAUUCAUCCUGCUGCUUUUGUCAGCAGUCACAUCAUCAGUAAAUACAAGAGAACCAGUUCCAUUGGCAGCCAUACAUGCCCACACCAUGACACUACCACCACCAUGCUUCACUGAUGAGGUGGUAUGCUUUGGAUCAUGAGCAGUUCCUUUCCUUCUCCACACUCUUCUCUUCCCAUCACUCUGGUACAAGUUGAUCUUUGUCUCAUCUGUCCAUUGGAUGUUGUUCCAGAACUGUGAAGCACAUCUUGUUCGUUUCAUUUCAUAUCCAUCUGUACACAUCUGUAUUCUUGUGUCCUUGAGCACUAAGAUGCCUUGGUUAGAAAUAUACCAACACAAAGUUUACUAAACCCACAUUAAUGAACACUUCUGCUAACACCACCUCAGGGCUCAGUGUAUCCCACAAUUCACCACGGUUUACUCCUCCACACCAGUCCAGUUGUUUGUGGCUAUGAGUCUGUAGACUGGCUUUAGGACUGACAGUAAUCAACGGACCUGAUGUUUACAACAUGUUGGAUUCAGACAGAAUAUUAUUAAUGUUCAGACACACAACAGUUGUAACAGACCCUCCUCAUUUAAUAUUAAUAUGUUCUGCUUGAUUAGUCCGCAUAUUGAUAUGCUAUAUCUGAUAUUGUAAGGAAGAAAUAUGAAAUCUUAUCCUUCCAUCCAUUUAGAAAUACAUACAUACAUUCCUUUCCUAAAACUUCAGCUGGACAGAAACCAUUUACCAAACCAAAUAUUUAUCUUAUAUACAGUCUUUACAAGUACUACAGGCUCAUAAAUAAAGUCUUUAUUAAUUGUAUUCCUCUUCUCAGCUCCUGAAUGUGUUUUGUAUUAUGAUUUCAAACUAAUACUGUAUGGGCGAUCCUGUAAAUGUGUUCAUUAUGUGAAAAUUUAAUAAAGCUGGCUCUGUCAACUGUU